AUUAUGUUUCAUGCAUCGUCCUUCGAGAUUACAUAACAUGUAGUAGUACGUCUAGUGCUUACCAUUGCCACGAUAUUCAUAGACAAAAAAGAAAAAAACUAAAUCUUGUCUAUGCCCUAGUCGACCGACACUAGCGCCCCCUUCCGGAAAUACUUCAAUUUACGUUUUCGUGCGACGCCAUUGCACACGCUCAAUUUUCACUCCUGCAAAAAAAUAAUUAUAGAGGUGAUAAGCAAUGCCGGGAAGAAGAUCGGAGAGGCUGAAGAGGCGCAGACUACCCAGCUCUGAUUCACCUUCAAGCGAGGAAGAUCCCAUUCCAAAAAAUCGACGCCGGUUUUUUCCCGUCCUUGACUCGUCGUCGGAGGACGAAAUAAAUGAUAAAGGACAAGAAAAUGAAGACAUCGUAUCCCCAGAGGACCAUCCUCACAAUGAUUUCUGCAAUCUGUUGGGGGAGGACCCCUCAAAUAUGAGGCGUGGGGAGGACCUACACCUCCAACUAUGUAACCGGUGGAAUGACACCCUCACGCAUGGUUUAAAAACCCUAAAGAAAGAAAUUAAAGAAAAAUAUUUGUUGCCGGACAAUUGCAAGGCUCUUGCGGCACCCAUCUUAAAUGAAGAAGUCAAGAUCGCCGUGAACGAUCCAGCACUUAAGAGAGACAGAAUUCUAGCUGCCAACCAGCAGCAGUUGGGUAUUGCCCUAACUGCCGUGGGACAGGCCCUGGGCCUAGCCUUGAAGGACAAGAAUCCAACAAUGAUAGAAAAACUGAGUGAUGCGGGCAGACUACUCUGUGACCUCCAUCAUCAACAGACGGUAUCAAGACAGAGGUUAAUAACGAAUGGGUUAAAUAAAAUCACAAAGGAGGGGUUGAAAGAUGCCCCACGGGAUGAAUACCUUUUUGGUGAAAACCUUAGCGAGAGAUGGAAAAAUUAUAGGAACUUAGGCAAGUCAGCUUCCGAGAUGAAGGCUUAUCAGCAACGACCUGCUCCUGCACGGACCAUUUCUUUACCUCAGCGGCCGGGAAACUUCAGAGGCCCACCUCAAGCUUCACCACGGCCACAAAUGAAGCCGAGUGUGGGCAGGCAGAACCAGUUCAACCAGCAGUACAGGCCUCAGAGUUUCAACUUCAAGCAGGGACCACCGAGACGAGGCAAUCAUUUCAACCGGACACGACAGAGAUACUAAACCCACAGGUAAUUGGGGGCAGACUACGUUUCUUUUAUAAAGAUUGGUGCAACAUUACAAAUGAUCCUGUUAUUCUAUCUUGGAUACAAGGUGUACAUAUACCUUUUACAUGCUCGGUUCACCAGCAAUCAUGUUCUAAAGCCAACAUUGUUUCCAUAUCAGAUGAAGUUUACAUGGACACUGAGAUACAGUCUCUUAUUGGAAAGGGUGCUGUGCAGAUUUGUUCUCCUUCACCCAAUCAAUAUGUAUCCCCAACGUUUUUAGUUGAUAAGUCCAACGGUGAAAAGAGGUUCAUCUUAAACUUAAAGGGGCUUAACAAAUUUAUUGAAACCAAACAUUUUAAAUUAGAAGAUUUGAGGACUGUUAUCAAAUUAGUAAAUCCUAAUUGUUUCAUGUGUACAUUAGACUUAAAGGACGCUUAUUUUUUGCUGCCUAUAGCCGCACAGGACCGCAAGUACUUAAGGUUUAAUUGGAAAUCUAAUUUGUAUGAGUUUUUAGUCUUGCCGUUUGGUCUUAAUGUUGCUCCAUACAUCUUCACUAAACUUUUGAAACCAGUGAUGAAAUACCUGCGUUUGCUUGGUUUAAUGUCUGUUAUUUAUAUCGAUGAUUUGUGUCUUAUAGGCAACACAUAUGAAGACUGCCUUACGAACCUUAACAUAACUAAGUCUCUUUUACAGUCAUUAGGGUUUAUAAUUAACUAUCAGAAAAGUAACCUAACUCCAAGCACAUACUGUAAAUUUUUAGGAUUUUGUAUUGACUCUCAAUCAAUGAGGGUAGAGUUACCCUUAGAAAAGAGAUUAAAGAUAAAAGCAAAAAUAAUAAAAAUGAUUCAUACUUCACAUUGUACAAUCCGAGAAUUUGCACGGUUCCUUGGUCUUAUUACUUCAGCUUGUCCUGCAGUUUCCUAUGGUUGGGCCCACACAAAACACUUCGAAAGAAUUAAAUAUUUAGCCUUACUGAAGAAUGAUAACUAUAGCAGUAAGUUAAAUAUUCCUAGAUCUAUUCAGGGUGACCUUUACUGGUGGUUGCAUAAUAUUGACACUGCAACUCAUCCUAUAAGAGGGAAUAACUUUAUAUUAGAAAUAUUUAGUGAUUCUUCUAGAACGGGUUGGGGCGCAGCCUGUGGUAACGAUAGAGCUAGCGGAAGAUGGACGGAACAGGAACUAGAUAAUCAUAUCAAUUUCUUAGAGUUAAAAGCAGCUUACUUUGGGUUAAAGAUAUUUGCUAAGCACAUACAAAAUUGUGAAGUACUUUUACGCAUCGAUAACACAACAGCAAUCUCAUAUAUCAACAGAAUGGGUGGUGUCCAGUUUCCACAUCUAAACCAUAUUGCACAAAAAAUCUGGGCUUGGUGUGAAAAACGACGUAUUUUUGUAUUCGCAUCAUACAUUGCUUCGCAAGAAAACUAUAUUGCUGAUGCUGAAUCUAGAAAAGUCUCUACCGAUAUUGAAUGGGAGCUGGCAGAUUAUGCCUUCAGCAAAAUAAAGCGGAGAUUUGGCACUCCAGUCAUUGACCUUUUUGCAAAUAGAAUAAAUUCAAAGUGCAGUAGGUAUAUUUCAUGGCAUAGCGACCCCUAUGCUUUAGCUAUAGAUGCAUUCACAAUCAGUUGGGCAGAUGAAUAUUUUUAUGCCUUUCCUCCAUUCUCUGUAAUAUUAAAAACAUUAAGAAAAAUCGUUAAUGACCAGGCAGAGGGCAUUGUGGUUGUACCUAACUGGCCUAAUCAGCCUUGGUAUCCCUUGUUUAAAGAACUGCUUGUAUCUGAUACAGUAACAUUCAAACCAAAUAACAAACUCCUAUUGUCUCAUUCCAGCCUUCAACAUCAACUCCACAGGAGCCUGUCCCUGAUUGCAGGUGUAUUAUCAGGGAGGCGUUUGUGAGGAGGGGAUUUCCCUCUGAUGCACUUGACAUCCUAUAUUCUUCUCUUUCGGAGAACACUCAUAAACAGUAUAGUCAUUGUAUAAGGGAAUGGUUCAUUUUUUGUAAAUCUUGCAAUUUUGAUUGUUAUCAGCCAUCUAUAGCUAACGUUAUUGCAUUUCUUACUAAGCUAUAUCAACAAGGCUGUAAUUAUAGUUCGCUAAAUACAUACCGCUCAGCUAUAUCUUUUCUGGUGGGUUCUGACAUUGGAAAUAACUUAGAUUUAAAACGUUUUUUCAAAGGAGUUUUCAGAAGCAGACCCCCUCUCCCAAAGUACGAUCUAACUUGGGACCCAAACCCAGUAUUAGACUAUCUCAGUAGCUUAUAUCCAAAUGAUAAGUUAACUCUUGAGAUACUUUCUAAGAAACUCAUCACAUUACUUGCUCUAGUAACGGCACACAGAGUACAGACGUUCAGUUUGAUUAAAUGUACAAAUAUUAAAAUUUUAAGUGAUAAAAUAUUAAUAAAGGUUCCAGACUUAAUUAAAACAUCUAGACCAAAUAGUCAGCAACCACUCUUAACUCUGCCUUUCUUUGUAGAAAAACCUGAGAUAUGUCCUGCAAAAACUUUAAUAUGUUAUAUGUCAAAGACUAAAAAUUUAAGGUCAGAAGAAGAAAGGUUGUUUUUAAGUUUCAGGAAACCUCAUUCUGUGGUAGGCACCCAGACGCUUAGUAGAUGGAUUAAGUUAUCAUUACAGAAUGCUGGCAUAGAUGUUAGUAUAUUUACUUCACAUAGUACCAGACAUGCAUCUACAUCUAAGGCUAAGAGGUUAGGAUUAAACAUUGACCUGAUCCGGAAGACUGCCGGAUGGAGUCAAUCUUCACAAGUGUUCGCUAGAUUUUAUAACAGAAAUGUUGUAGACUUAAAUAAUGAUAGUAAUCUAUUUGCUAGAACAGUGUGUUCAUAAGUAUGUUCCAUAAAAGUAUGUUUUUUAUGUUAUAAUUUAUAAAAGUAGGUUUGUUAAAGAUACAACAUAAGUAUUAUAUACCAUGUUUUAUUACUUGUAUUUUUGAAUAAUUAUAGUAAUCUAUUUGCUAGAACAGUGUGUUCAUAAGUAUGUUUUAUAUUAUAAUUUCUGAAAGUAGAAGAGAUAUAACAUAAGUAUUAUACCAGGCUUUCUUACUUUUAUGUUAAAUCCGAAGAGGGUAAAAAUAUAUGUAAUGUUAUAAGGGUAUGUUUGUUAGAGAUUUAACACAAGGAUUAUAUUUGUAUUUUUUAAUAAGAGGUACAAAUUAAAGAUCUCAUAUAUGAUAA